AUGCUGGACGAGAACCACCACCUGAUCCAGUGUAUCCUGGACUACCAGAGCAAGGGCAAGACGGCCGAGUGCACCCAGUACCAGCAGAUCCUGCACCGGAACCUGGUCUACCUGGCCACGAUCGCGGAUUCUAACCAGAACAUGCAGUCCCUGCUGCCCGCCCCGCCCACCCAGAACAUGAACCUGGGCCCCGGAGCGCUGUCCCAGAGCGGCUCCAGCCAGGGCCUGCACUCCCAGGGCAGCCUCAGUGAUGCCAUUGGCACGGGCCUGCCCCCGUCCUCCCUCAUGCAGGGCCAGAUCGGCAACGGUCCGAACCACGUGUCCAUGCAGCAGACGGCACAGAGCACACUGCCCACCACCUCCAUGAGUAUGUCGGGCAGCGGCCACGGCACGGGGCCCGGCUACAGCCACUCGGGACCCGCCUCGCAGAGCGUGCCCCUGCAGGGCCAGGGCGCCAUCGGCAACUACGUGUCCCGGGCCAACAUCAACAUGCAGUCCAACCCAGUGUCCAUGAUGCACCAGCAGGCGGCCUCGUCCCACUACAACUCGGCGCAGGGCGGGAGCCAGCACUACCAGGGCCAGUCGUCCAUCGCCAUGAUGGGCCAGGGCGGGCAGGGGAGCAGCAUGAUGGGGCAGCGGCCCCUGGCGCCCUACCGGCCCUCCCAGCAAGGCUCGUCCCAGCAGUACCUGGGCCAGGAGGAGUACUACGGAGGCGAGCAGUACGGACACGGCCAGGCCGCCUCGGAGCCCAUGAGCCAGCAGUACUACCCUGACGGACACGGAGACUACGCCUACCAGCAGUCGUACACGGAGCAGAGCUACGACCGGUCCUUCGAGGAGUCCACGCAGCACUACUACGAGGGCGGGAACUCGCAGUACAGCCAGCAGCAGGCGGGGUACCAGCAGGGCGCAGCCCAGCAGCAGGCCGGGUACCAGCAGCAGUACCCCAACCAGCAGAGUUAUCCCGGGCAGCAGCCGGGCUACGGGCCUGCCCAGGGAGCCGCCUCGCAGUACUCCGGGUACCAACAAGGACAAGGCCAGCAGUACGGAAGCUACAGGGCAUCUCAGACGGGCCCGUCCGCCCAGCAGCAGCGGCCUUAUGGCUAUGAGCAGGGCCAGUAUGGAAAUUACCAGCAGUAA